AUGGCCAUUCGGCAGCACCCUACAUCGGAAACCGUAGCCGCAAGGCGGGAUAUUCUUCACAAACAACUUUGCAAUUUAUUAGCAGAUGUUCCCACAACAAUGUCAUCUGGUCCGAAACUCACGAAACUCGACUUCCUUAAACACUAUGCGCUGACCGAAAAACCUCAUAUUAUCGCUGGAGUUGAGACAUGGCUAGGACCAUUAGAUGAGGAUAACACCUUAGCAAUUGACGGUUAUUCAACAUUAUAUAGAAAUGAUAGAACCUCGCAUGGAGGUCAUGUUAAUGCAUUAUUCAAAUCGGGAGAUGUUCACGAGAAAGGGAAUUAUCGACCCAUCACCCUCCUUCCAGUGCUUUCGAAAGUUUGCGAAAGAGUAGUUCAUCAUAAACUGUAUGAUUAUUUUCUGCGAAAUAAUUUAUUGAGUAGACACCAGUCUGGUUUUCGCUGUGGUGAUGGGACAAUAAAUCAACUUCAUGAAAUUGUCCAUAAAAUUAAUGAGGGUUUAGAUGAAUGUGGUUUUGUACGUGGUGUUUUCUUGGACAUUCGAAAGGCGUUUGAUACCGUAUGGCAUCGGGGUUUGCUUUUGAAACUUGAGAAGUAUGGGAUAGGGGGCUCGGUUUUGAAGUGGUUGGAGUCUUAUCUUACAGGAAGACGAAUUGUCACCAUGGUUUCCGGUAAAACUUCGAGUGAGAGAAAAAUCAAUUGUGGUGUGCCUCAAGGUUCAGUCUUAGGGCGUUUGCUCUUCCUGAUAUUCAUAAACGAUAUUUCUGAUAACUUGGAAAAUUUAUGUAAACUAUAUGCCGAUGAUACUUGCUUGUAUGGCAGUGGGAAAGAUCUGAAGGCUUCAUCUGACUCCCUCAAUCGUGAUUUAGCCGUUUGUCCGAAUGGUCCGCUAAUUGGCUACUUGAGUUCAAUAUAA